AUGCAUAGAAACCGAGUUCACAGACAGCGUGUUACUGUAAAUAAUGAACCACACAAAUGGUGGCACCGUCGUUCGGUUAAAAUAAUCGGCAUUAUCGGUAUUGUUUUACUAGUUUUGGCUGUUAUCGUUGCUCUGGUGUUAAACUUUGUCGCUUUUGCAUUGAAAAAAUCAGAAACUAGUACCACCACCGCGACAUCAUCAUCAUCAUCACCAACAACAACAAUAUCACCAGUGACGUCAACCACAACUUUACCACAAACAACAACAACAACAACAACAACACCACUAGUGACGUCGACCACAACUUUACAACAAACAACAGAUACGACCACAACUGUACUACAAAUAACAGAUGCGACCACAACCUCACCACAAACAACAGCUACGACCACAACUUUACCGCAAACAACAACAACACCAUUAGUGGCAUCGACCACAACUUUACUACAAACAACAACUACGACCACAAUUCAGCAGUCAGAAUGGUCUGAUACCGGUGAUAUGAAUAAUGCACGACGAUGGCACACAGCAUCUGUAUUAUCAAAUGGGAAAGUAUUAGUUACUGGUGGAGUUGGUAAUAGCGGUCCUUUAAAUAGUGCUGAGUUGUAUGAUCCAUCAACAGGUAAUUGGACAACUACUGCACUAAAUGGUCAUACAGCAUCUGUAUUAUUAAAUGGAAAAGUAUUAGUUACUAGUGGUACAGGCAAUAUUUUUUCAAGCAAUGCUGAGCUCUAUGAUCCAUCAACAAGUACUUGGACAACUACUAGUAACAUGAAUAAUGGACGAGCUUUGCACACAGGAUCUACAUUAUCAAACGGAUUAGUAUUAGUUACUGGGGGAUACAAUAGUGUUAUUGGUAAUUUAAAUAGCGCAGAAUUAUAUGAAUUAUUUGAAACAAAUUAA